CUGACACUUCAACUUGCCGUGUUCCACGGUAGUUGAUUCAGUCACUCACUCGCACAGUCUCCGCGGCUCUCGCGUCGUCUUUCUGUGGAGGAGUGCAGCGACAGAGAGGAGCAGCGUACACACAUUCUCACUCACACACACACGAGGUUCUGGAGGAGGAACAAUAAACGCGGAUUUACCGCCGAGGAUUCGAGCUGAAACUCAGCACUUGAGGAGAGGCUCGGCGAGGGACUGUGCGCGAGGAAUACAUGAAGGGUGGGUUGGGGAAGUGGGUUGCCACCACAGCGGCACUACCACUGAGGUCAAAGUUCACACAGACCCGCUCUGUGAUUGAUGAGGAUUAGGAAACGGAUUCUGCAUAAUAGGAAACAGGAACAUCCUCAUCCACACUGGGUACAGAACUUUUAAUGGCGUCCCGAUAGAGCCACCAAGAUGAACACGUUACCAUCAAUGGACCGGCACAUCCAGCAGACCAAUGACAGGCUGCAGUGUAUCAAACAGCACUUACAGAACCCGGCCAACUUCCACUCAGCAGCUACAGAGCUGCUCGACUGGUGUGGAGAUCCCCGGGCCUUCCAGCGACCUUUCGAGCAAAGCCUCAUGGGAUGUCUGACGGUGGUGAGUCGUGUCGCAGCUCAGCAGGGCUAUGAUUUGGACUUGGGCUACCGGCUCCUGGCUGUUUGCGCUGCCAACAGAGACAAAUUCACUCCCAAAUCUGCAGAAACCAGCACCUGCAGGAGAUGUCAGAGUGACUCAGCCCUGCUGUCGUCGUGGUGCGAGGAGCUUGGUCGCCUCCUCCUGCUGCGUCACCAGAAGAACCGGCAGAACGAACCGCCGGGGAAAGUCCAAAUGCAGCCCAGCAUGAGCAGCAUGAAGCCCGGCCUCACACACAGUGAUGGAUCAUUUCCCUAUGACUCUGUCCCCUGGCAACAAAACACCAACCAGCCCCCUGGGUCAUUGUCUGUGGUUACAACGGUGUGGGGCGUGACCAACACGUCACAGAGUCAGGUUCUGGGAAACCCAAUGGUGAACAGCAAUAACCCCAUGAAUCCUGGAGGUAACCCUAUGGGGUCAGGCAUGUCUAACAGUGCAGCAGGACUCAACUCACCUCAGUUCAGUGCUCAGCAGCAACAGUUCCCAAACAAAGGAGGUUCCAAUCAACAAUACAUGCAGCAGGGCAUGUACGGCAGACCUGGUUAUCCUGGUGGUCCCGGGGGAUACAGCGGAAGUUAUUCUACGGGCCCCAAUGCUCCACCAGGAGGUAUGGGAAUGACCUCCCACACACGUCCUCCUGGUGACUUCACUCAGCCAGCUGCCGCUGCUGCAGCAGCUGCUGUUGCCGCGGCUGCUGCUACGGCAACGGCCACGGCAACAGCCACGGUAGCGGCUCUGCAGGAAACACAGAACAAAGAUAUCAACCAGUAUGGACAGAUGUGUUCGUCGUUCCAGAUGGGCCCUGCUCAAGCCUACAAUAGUCAGUUCAUGAACCAGCCAGGCCCACGAGGCCCCCCUGGAGGUAUGAAUCCAGCCACCAUGGGAUCGGCAAUGAGCAACCCUAACAUGAGUGGCCCUCCUAUGAGCAUGAGCCAGGCUAGAACUCCAGGCAUGGGGCCUUUUGGAGCUCACGGCCAGAGGAUGCCACAGCAAGGGUAUCCUGGAGGGCCUCGACAGGCGAUGCCCAUGCAGGGGAUGAAGAGGCCGUAUCCUGGCGAGGCAAGUUACGGGGGUCAGCAAUACGGGCCAAACAGCCAGUUCCCCCCACAGCAGGGGCAGUAUCCGACAUCAAAUGCCUCGAGGCCACUCCCCUCUCCUAAUUACCCUGGUCAGAGGAUGCCCGGGCAGCAGAGCCAGGGACAGUACCCACCCAGCAUGCCCAUGGGCCAGUAUUACAAGCAAGAGCCUUUCAAUGGUCAAAGCACCAACUUCUCUGGAGGUGGAUACUCCUACGGUCAAGGCAACGGGCCUCCGAGGCCUGGUAACUACCCCCACUCCCCUGUACCUGGUAACCCCACACCCCCCAUGACCCCGGGAAGUAGUAUUCCUCCAUACCUGUCGCCCAACCAGGAUGUGAAACCUCCGUUUCCCCCCGAUAUGAAACCAAAUAUGACGGCACUUCCGCCACCUCCGACUAACCCCAAUGAGGAGCUGAGGCUGACUUUCCCAGUCAGAGAUGGAGUGGUGCUGGAGCCGUUCCGCCUGGAGCACAACCUGGCUGUCAGUAACCACGUCUUCCACCUUCGACCGUCCGUCCAUCAGACCCUCAUGUGGAGGUCAGACCUUGAGCUGCAGUUUAAGUGCUACCACCAUGAAGACAGGCAGAUGAACACCAACUGGCCCGCCUCCGUCCAGGUCAGCGUCAACGCCACGCCCCUCACCAUAGAGCGGGGAGACAACAAAACCUCCCACAAACCCCUGCACCUGAAGCACGUAUGCCAACCUGGAAGAAACACCAUCCAGAUUACAGUCACUGCCUGCUGCUGUUCCCACCUGUUUGUGCUGCAGUUGGUCCACAGACCAUCUGUGCGCUCUGUCCUCCAGGGGCUCCUGAAGAAGAGACUCCUUCCUGCAGAACACUGCAUCACCAAGAUUAAGAGGAACUUCAGCAGUGUGGCAGCCUCGGCAGGAAACACCACGCUCAAUGGGGAAGAUGGUGUGGAGCAGACGGCCAUCAAAGUGUCGCUGAAAUGCCCCAUUACCUUCAGACGCAUCCAGCUACCGGCACGAGGGCAUGACUGCAAACAUGUCCAGUGUUUCGAUUUGGAGUCGUACUUACAGCUCAACUGUGAGAGGGGGACAUGGAGGUGUCCUGUGUGCAAUAAAACGGCAUUACUAGAAGGUCUGGAGGUGGACCAGUACAUGUGGGGAAUCCUCAAUGCCAUACAGAAUUCAGAGUUUGAGGAGGUCACUAUAGACCCGACAUGUAGCUGGCGACCCGUCCCCAUAAAGUCUGAGCUACACAUCAAAGAGGACCCUGAUGGACCACUGGCCAAGCGCUUUAAAACCAUGAGCCCCAGUCAGAUGACCAUGCCCAAUGUGAUGGACAUGAUCGCACAGCUAGGACCUGGUCCCGGCCCAGGAUCUGGACCCGGCUCUGGACCGGGUCCCAGUCCGUACCCAUCGCACCCGGGUCAACAUUCAAGUGGCAACGGCGGAGAUUACCCAGGAGCAGGCAACACUUACCACAGCCAAGGAAGCUUUGACUUCCCUCACGGGAACCCGUCUGGUGGUGGAGCUGCCGGAGGUGGAGGUGGUGGAGGUCCCCCUAUGAGUGACUUCAUCCAUGGGCCUCAGCUCUCGCACCCUCCAGACGGACCUGGUGGACUCCUCUCCCAGGACAAGCCUCUAAGCCACAGCAUGAACGAUGCAGUAAGUGUGGUUGAAAUACCAAUGAAGUACAAUUAUAUAUAUAUUAUAUAUAUAUAGAAUAGUGACAGCAGUGACACUUGGUGUGGAUUUCAACACAACAUAGUUUCAAAGUAAAGUAAA